GCGGCGGGCGCGCUGGCCGGCGGACUCGCGCGCUAUCAACGGCCGCGCGCACGCGCACCUAGCUCUCGCGCGCUCGAAGCGCCGCUGUCCGCGGUGAUGCUGUGCCACGCGCGCCAGGCGGCCGCGCUCUGACUGCCCUCCACACGCCCUGUGCCUGCCACCGGACUGACUGCGCAAUGGCCACCACAAAGAACGAGUAUCAUUUUGAAGGCGAGGCGGAGUGCGGCGCGGAGGGCAGCGGCGGCGACGCGGAGAGCCCGCCCCCCCUGCCGGCGUUCGGCUACGCCCACGGCGCGCUGUCGCCGUCCCACUCGCGCAGCUACCAGGAGCUGCGGCCGGCGGCGGCACACGCGCGCGACAUGCAGGCCUACGCGCACCUCGAGGAGGUGUUCAAGCCCGGCACGCCGGCGGCGCCCGGCUCCACGGACGGCGUCUACCUGCGCCGCAGCAGCCCCGACCUCAGCCCCUCGCCCGAGCGCCGCGACGACUUCCGCGCGCACUACGAGCCCUACACGCCCGCGCCCGCGCCGCCGGCCUACUCGCACGACCACCACCAUCACGUCGACGGUGGCGGAGGAGGUAGCGGUGGUGGAGGAGUGUACUCACGCUGCGCGUACGCAGCUGGUUCUCCAUACUUCGGGAACGGUACCGAGAUCAGCACGCAGCCGCAGAUCUGGACAUCUAGUGCAGGUGGGUCCCCCAGCUACGGCGGCGGCGGCGGCGUGGUGCUGGGCGAGGAGUACGCGGAGGCGGGCGCGGAGGGCGCGGGGGGCGGCUCGCUGCCCGCCUUCAGCGCGCGCUUCGGAGGCGCCUUCGCGUGCGCCACUUCGCGGCCCAACACCGUGUACGGCACCGGCACGCUGGCCGCGCCGCCCUACUCGCACCAGGAGGUUUGGAACUUGGAGAGCAGUCGACGACCACAAAUGUCUGCAGCUGCCAGUCUUUCUGCCAUCGACAUGGCGGCGGAGUUUUUCACGGAGGGGCGCGAGUGUGUGAACUGCGGCGCCAUCCACACGCCGCUGUGGCGGCGCGACGGCACCGGCCACUACCUGUGCAACGCGUGCGGCCUCUACAACAAGAUGAACGGCAUGAACCGGCCGCUGAAGCAGCCGCGGCGGCUGGUACGUCAGCGCCUCGCCGCGCCCCACGCGCCCCCGCACGACAUGGGCACGAAGCGGCCGGGCAUGUCGUGCACCAACUGCCAGACCACGACGACGUCGCUGUGGCGCCGCAACUCGCUCGGCGAGACCGUGUGCAACGCGUGCGGCCUCUACUACAAGCUGCACAACAUCAACCGCCCGCUCGCCAUGAAGAAGGACUCUAUACAGACUCGAAAGAGAAAACCCAAAAACAGUAUAAAAACGGAACGAAGUAUAAAGGCAGCAGUGCAGCGCACCGUCGCGUCGGGAGUGAAGAUAGAGAACUUGUUGGAGAGCGGGGCGGGCGCGGGCAGCGGCGCGCGGUCCCCGCUGGCGCUGAACUACUACGUGCAGCACGCGCUGAAGGUGGAGGAGCCGCCGCCCGCGCAUGCGCACGCCGCGCCUGCGCAGCACGCGCACUCGCACGCACACACGCACGCGCACACACACGCGCACGCCGCGCUGUACGACGAGGAGUACCGGCGCGCGGCCGACGAGCGCCUGGAGCGGCCCACCGUCGUGUCCAUGGGCAGCUGAGCCGGGGGCCGCCCGCGUCUAUAGAAUCUCACUUGUUUAGAUACGUUACGUUACUUAGUACAUAGCGCGCACUCGCACUCUUAGCUCGUAGUGAGUGUACCGGCUGCAGCGCGCAGUCGUGUUCCCACUGUUACCAAAUAAUAAUGAUGUAAUAAUAAGCGAUGAGACUGUAUCUGCUGAAUCAUUCCCGGCGUUCCUAGCGCUGCAUUCCUAGGUAGAUAUAGAUAGCUUCUUAUUUACAUAUAAUUAUAUUAUAUAGUGUUCUGAAGAGGCUGUAUUGAAUGUUUCGUAAGUAAAUUUUAUUUUAUGUUGAUCUAUACAAUUUAUAUUUUUAUAAAUAUUUAGCAGAGGUGUGCACUGACACGGCGCUUUGUUAGAGUCGCCAGCUCGGCGCACAGCUCGGCCGAGUACUGCGCAUAAUACGAGCCGUGUCAGCGCGCGCCGCUCGCUAGCGACAUUAAUGUCGCUUAGGCAUAUAAUCGUCAACUCCAUGACUUCGACAAGCAUUCCAUGAAUGACUGACACACACAGGCCACGCCACGUCCACGCCACGUCGAUGUCCACGUCUGCCUGUACCCACACGCCCGGCGCGCUCUCCUUUUCCUUGUAAAUCCUGUUUCCGUCGCGAUUUUAGUUCACAAAAUCAAUUAUACCCUAUUUGUUGCCGGCUUCAUUAGUUACACAACGAAUAAUAAUUAAUAUCCGUCCAUUAUACCUGGAGAUUAUUAGUGUAUGUAAAUGCAAACAAACAUACAAACAGAUAUAAAAUAUUUAUCAAAUUUUUCUCUUAACUGUUUCCCUAUCACUUUUUUUUAAUAUUUAAUGUAGACACUUUUCCUACUGAUCUGUAAUAUGUACUGAUUAUAAAUAAAAUGAUCUUAUUAUAAUAUUGUAAAGAAAUGAAAGUGUCCCUACAUUAAGUAUCGCACAUGGGCUGUGGUAGUAGAUGUGUGUGUGUGUGUGUGUGUGUGUGUGUGUGUGUGUCUGGUACUGAAGUAAGUGAGCACUGGCCGCGGCCGCUGCCCGGCUCUAGUAACGCAAAGAUCUGAAGUACCUCUCUACCGCAUUAAUCCGAAUUAUAAUAUAAUAAUAGUGUUUAAAUCAAUUAGUUAUUUGUAAUUAUGUUUUUUAUAUAAUGUCGACUAUUGUUGCAUGUUGAUAGAAAGUAAUAUAUAAUGAUAAAGUUGAAGUAGCUAUAUGAGGAGGUGUGGCUGUCCGUCGGUACGUACAAGUUCUGACCCGUCGCCGAAUGUUACUGUCUCGAUACAUAAUGUAAGAGUAAUGAUGUGAUGUUAUAGAUAUUUAUGCGUUGGCGGAGAGUCCUAGUUAUAUCCUGUAUCUGUGUAAAUAUUAUGUAAGUGACAACAAGUACACCUUGAAUUAAAGGUCAAUUGAAACUGA